AUGAGCGCAGCAGCAGACAGUGAACCCGUUGCCGACAGUGAUGAAGAAAAGAUCUUUGGACCGCCUGAAUAUUACCCUGUGCUUUCAUCCUCAGAAUCAUGGCACGAAUCCGAGGAACCCUCCUCGCAAUCAGACGACGAGGAGACUGCAGAGGAUGCAAGCGAGGAAGAUCAAAUCAAGAGUGAAGACGAAGGCUCGCAAUCAGAGUCUGAUCUGAAAAAAGGGAAACAGAGACCUGCUUCUACGAAAUCGCAACUAUCAUUCGACAAGAGCGCCGUACAAGCAUAUAGGACCCUGCUUAAAGAUAUGCACGUCGAUGCCGAUUCGAAAACAUGGAAUAAACAACAAAACGUCAGUCUGUCUACCGUCGGCUUAGUUCAAUGGACCGGAAAGGAAAAUGAUACUUUUUUCACGGCCCUCGCCCGCAAAGGGAGGGGAAAUGUUGGUGAAAUCGCGCAACAAAUUAAAUCCAAGUCACGGCUGGAAGUGGCUGAUUACAUUGAAUUCCUGGAAGAGAGGUUGCAGCGCCAUCGACUUUCGGAGCCAUCUCUUCUUGAAGCGGAAGUUCCAGCCGCGGUGGAGAUUAGUGAAGAGCUAGAAGAAGUUCUUAACCACUUUGCGGAAACUGUUGCCCUCGAAGAGCAGAGGAAAGACCUCUUCGACGCAGAAAAAGAGCAUGGUUUGUCUGAAUACUGGAUCCUCGACAGAGCUAAGGCAGAUCAGAUCGAAGAGUUACUGGCCUCAGAUGACGAAGAGGCCCUCCCAGAAGCCAUCUCGCUAAGUGCCGGUUUACUCGAUCUCAAGAAUUGGGUCCAACUAUCUCAAAAAGUCUUUAUGAAUCCCGGUAAAUCUCGACCAGAAGACAGCUGGAAAAACGUCGCCCAAAAAGGAGAAAUGCCAUCACUCACAGCAGACGCAUUGGGAGAAUUCUAUGACCUCACUGUCGAUCUCGUCAUCCGCUUGAUGGAGGAGGCACACAAAACCGCAUUGGACAGAUUAGACAAAGAACGGAGGCAUAGACAAGUACCUGUUGUGAGAAAAAAGGAUGUGCAGAGAGCUCUGACUACAAUGGGCAUGAAGCACAAUACAUUUGAGUAUUAUGUCAAUCUUCCUCGCCGACUGAAGCUCGAUGUCACAAGAGGAAAGCGCAAGGGAAAAGCCAAAAAUUAUGUUUCGUGGGACAAAGUCGAACGAAUGCUAUCUAUAAAGCGUCAAAAAAAAGCCAAAGGAAGUUCAGAUUCUUCCGAUGAUUCCUCUGAAGAGGAUGCAGAGAAUGAUGAAAAAGCCGACGAUGACAGCCAAGAAGAAGACCUCGACAAAUUUGGCUCAUCAGAAGACGAGAGUGACAUAGCAAACCAGGACGAUCAAUCUAAUCCAGAAGAAGAAGAAGAAGAAGAAGAAGAAGAAGAAGAAGCAGAAGAAGUCUCUAGCGCCGACGAAGCCAAUGAAGCCAACGAGGACAACAACGUACCCGCAAUCAAAACCGAGCCUACCGACGACUCACAAUACGAAGGAAUCAGUGAAUCCGACUAUCGGCAACUCGAAAUAGAACAACGUCUAGACGACUACAAUGACUMCCUCGACCGACAAGCCAGCCAUAAAGAAGAAGCUCGUAUACGAGUAUUACUCGAUGCUCCGGCAAUAGACAGUCUCGUGCCUAUUGUCAAAAAGGGCAAAGAAAAGCAAGAGGAGCCCCCGGAGAUCACAGAAGACAUGCGCAGAGAGAUCAUGCAGAAUAAUGUGGUGGUUGACUGGAGGAAAAAUCUCGUGUAUCAGGAUGAGUGGGAGACUUAUGGGAUGAAGACGCGAGAUGUCGAAAAGGAUAUUGCUGCCAAUCGUAAUAAGAGGAGACGUCUUGAAUAA